AUGAUGUCUGAAACCCUAGUCAACCCCGAACUAUCUCAGGACUGGGGUCUGGCGCCGAUCAGUCAAGACUUCUACCGGGCAUUGCAUGCCGUCCAGGCCACCUACGGUGCAUACUGGAGUGAUCAUCGAGUGCUUGACUGCAAACGCCGUGGUGAAGGUCUCGUGGAGAUUCCAGAGGAGCGGGACAUCGAGAUGGGAGCCCGGAGCGCGAUUAGCACUGCGAUUAGCGCGAAGAAACGCCAAUGGAAACCUGCCAAGGCUGAAAACUCAAUGCGGCAGAAAGCCGGCAAGGCGGCCAAGGAGCAGAAUGAGGACAACGAUGAAAAGGAUCCGCCAGAAGAGGACAUUGGCGAUGAUGGAUUGCCGGUGGAAAGCCAGUCCAAAGAGACGGAGGGCGAUGGCGAUGGGUCUGACAAUUCGGCAGAAAGCUCCGCAGGAAGCGGGGAGGAAGAGGAGGAGGACAACGACGCCGUGCCCAGCCGCAAGACAGGGAAGGCGACGAGGACGGCGAACAAUGCAUCCUCGGAAGCCUCACCCUCAAAGAAGUCAAAGUCAUCCAAGACUCCGAGUUCAAGCGCUGACAGAUCCUGGGCCUCCGAGGCGGAUGGGGGCAAGCGCGCAGAGGCUGAUGGAAGCGAUGAGGAAACCCAAGAUGAGGAUACAGGUGUUGACACAGGACGGCCUUCUCAAAUGUCCGAUUCAGACGAGGAAAGCUCCGCAGGAAGCGGGGAGGAAGAGGAGGAGGACAACGACGCCGUGCCCAGCCGCAAGACAGGGAAGGCGACGAGGACGGCGAACAAUGCAUCCUCGGAAGCCUCACCCUCAAAGAAGUCAAAGUCAUCCAAGACUCCGAGUUCAAGCGCUGACAGAUCCUGGGCCUCCGAGGCGGAUGGGGGCAAGCGCGCAGAGGCUGAUGGAAGCGAUGAGGAUGCUGAUGUCCGAGAUGUGGACACCGGAGGAAAUGCUUCUCACUCCAAAGCCGAGGAAGCACCUGCCCGGUCGCCAAGCGAAGGAAUUUUCAAGGUGAAGGCCAGCCAAGCUGCCGAGCCCGCGCUGGACGACGGAAUCUUGCCAAGCAACUCGCGACUCUCCAUUGGAGAGCGGGCGCCAACUGCUGCGUCUGCCGUGGAGAACAACACUUUGGGCAAGACUCCACAAGGCAGAAGAAAAGCAACAGACGUUGCGACGAACCAGGGUUCCGAGAACGCAUACCAGGGCAGCUCCGUCGAGGGCGAGGACCUUUCCCUCGGCGACGAGGAGGACCUGGACCUCGAUUGGCCAGAGGGCGAUGAGAAGGUCAAGAGCCGACAGGACGCCAAGCCCCUGGCCAGCACUGCAAAAGCGAAGACAGGUUCUCGGCACGGGCAAGAUGCUACCAUCGAGAUCCAGGAGGUGAGCCAAAGUGCGACCGGCGGCCCAGUCUGGACAGAGGACUCUUCGGCGCAAGCUUUCGAGGAGACUGAGCACAGGCUGAGGGAGGACAUCGAGUCACUCAGGAAGCUUGAGGAGGAGCUUCAGCUUCGGGGCGCGAAGGGAACUUCCCAACCGAAGCAAACGAAAGCUCAGAAGGCCGGAGGCAGCGCUGCAUCUCACAAGCGAAGGAAGGGCCCUGCAGAGGCAGCCGUCGGCCAGCAGGCCGUGUCUCUGCUGGAGAUUGGCUCGGCUCCAGAGAGCGAGGAGCUUCAAACAUUGCAGAUUGAGCAGCUUGCUGCCGGGCAGCGUGAAGUGGCCAUGAAGGCUGCUCAGGAAGUUGCUGAUAGCUCUGCAUCUCCGAUGACAGCAGAGCAACUGGACAGAACGAGGAGGGCGGCACUUCAGUCUGUUGAGCAUGCUGUUGCUGAGCAGGUGAAUGCUCAGGAAAGGCAGACUGCAAAGGCAGCGGGUGCUAUGUCCGAGCUAUUUGCAGGCGUACAAUCUGACCGCAAGGCAAUAACUUCGAAGAUGGUGAAGCGGCUGCAAGCGGACCUAACAGAGACCAAAGAGCAAGCUGAAAAAGAUCACCAG